AUGGCUACUGGAGAGAUGACGAUCGCAGAGAUGAAGGCGGCUUACGAGAAAGCCCAAGCCGAACUAGCCCAAGAGAGGGCAUCCAAUGAAACCCUCCAGAAAGAGCUCGAAUCUGUAAAGAGAAACAAGCACCAGUCCCGCUACAAAGGUGGGAAGCCAAAAAAGCUAACGUUCGAGAUGCCCGAUGACUUUGAAGACGUGACCGACGAUGAGGAGGAAACCCGUGAGGAAGAAGACAAAGAAGCUCCCGAUCCGGUGACCCAACGCCUGAACAAGAUGGAUGCACGCAUGACAAAGCACUAUUCCCGCCUGAUGAAGUUGAUGACCAGGACUGCUAUUGAGGCGUUCAAGAGAGGCCUCAUCCCCAAUUCGGAGCUAUACCGGGAAAUAACCAAAUACCCCUGUGCAACUUUCGAAGAGGUGCGAUCAAGGGCCACCGCCCAGAUGCGAAUCGAAGACGACGAGGUUAUCCGAACAGCAUCUCAACGAUCGACGGGGGGCAGCAGCGACAGAAGAUCGUACACCCCAAGGAACAACAAUUGGCGACACCAACCGUAUGUUCGGCAAAACCAGGUACAAAGUGUCAAUCAGUAUUAUGAUACUAACAAUGUUUACAGGAACGAGCGGGUCGAACACCCCAACAUCUCCGACUACGGCUUCAACGUCGACAUUGGAGGUGUGGUGAACGCCCUUCAAAAUGUAGGUGGAACAGUCAGAUGGCCCCGGAAGAACGACAGACCGGACUCCAUGAAGGACAUGAGCAAAUGGUGCGACUUCCACCGCGACAACGGACACACAACCGAGGAGUGCAUCUCCCUCCGAAAGGAAGUCGCAUACCUCCUGAAACGGGGGCAUCUAAAGGAACUGUUGAGCGACAAGGGAAAAGAAACAUUUUCCAAAGAGCAAACCACCCUGCCCGGCCCAGCGACAAGCAGCGAGCGACCAGACCCACCACCGUUCAAUAAAGUGGUAAAUGUUAUUUCCGGUGGUUCAGAUAUUUGUGGACUAACCUCUUCUGCAGCUAAAAAAAUUAACAGGGGAGAAUCUGAGACCGUAGAAGAGGGACAAACCGAAGACGAGGUCGCACUACACAGGUCCCUGACCGCAAUGGCUAUUACUUUCGACGAUUCAGAUUCUGUAGAUACACAGCGGGAGCACCACGACGGGUUGGUAAUAUCGCUCCCAAUAGGAAACGCAUUGAUCAAAAGGAUACUGGUCGACAACGGAAGCUCAGCCAACGUACUGUUCUUGGAAGCACUACAAGAAAUGGGAUUAGAAGAGAAAAACAUAGUAAGGAGAUCAACAGUCCUGGUAGGGUUCAGUGGAGAAGCACUACGGACGGUAGGAGAGAUAUCGCUGCCUACAUACGCAGAAGGCGUCAACAUGAUGACCAAGUUCAACGUCGUCGAUUGUCCAUCAGCGUACAACGUCAUCCUAGGACGACCAUGGAUCCACAAAAUGAAGGCAGUGCCAUCAACAUAUCACCAAUCAAUCAAAUUUCCAACCAAGUGGGGGGUCAUGGAAAUCAAAGGGCAGCAAAGGGAUGCGAAGAAAUGUUACGAAACAGCACUGAAACCAUCCAAGUCACCCAUCUAG